UGUCUUGGGACACAGGGGAGAGCUGCUGCUGCUGACAGCUUAGUGGAGGAGACUGGGGCCAGAGAGACACUGAGGGCUUCACAGUGAUAAAGUUGUCAAGCAGAGAGUCCUGAGGGCCGGUUGCAGAGGGGUUUCCUGUGGUCUCAGCUGUGCAGCGCUGGAGAGAACAACAACAAUGUUUUUCCGCAUCCCUCGACUGACCCCUGGAUAUAUUAGAUUCCUGCAGACUCAGGCAACCCAGGCCGUGCUGCAGAGCCGAGAGGGCCCUGCGAUGCCCCGCAUGGCUGUCCUGCUGGGACUCAUGGGGAUCGGCAUGUCCGGCUACAGCUCCCGCCAACUGACACUGAACUACAAGCCGGCGAGUCACCUGUUUAGAUGA